GCUAUGUAGGCCACGGAGCCUCAUGAAUGCUGAAAGGGGUAAUUAUCUAAGUAAGCCUACAGAUCACUUCUAAUUCACUAGUUCUCCGUGCAGUCAAUAUCUUCUCCGACUAUUUAGGUUAGACCGGCUCCUUUCUCAUCGACGUUAUUUCCGUAUUAGUGUUAUGACCACAUGUUGUAGGCCUCUCGACUUGCUUAAUAUCAACCGGAUAUGAUAUCUUAGUUGUUGACAUGAAGAAGACUGUCGUUUGUUCGCCCCAUCUUUUGAUUUAGCGGCACGACUUGAGUGUCUCAACUAGAUUCGACAUUCAAAAGAUCACAAUGCAACACAGCAACAACAUGGCCGAAGAGCAACACUUUGAGGAGCGUGUUGUUGUAUUCCCUACAAGAUCUCGAAUACACCAUGAAGACUUGGCAGCCAAUGAAGCCAGUUCCCCAGAGACGCAAACUCUUCUAAUGGAUAAUUCAACCUCCAUCAAAAGGUCUAAUCUCUUCAAGCUAAGAAGACUGUUUAGUGUUACAUGCUGAGCUGAGAAGAAGGUCAUAUCUAUUCGCAAACGUCGACCUACUCAAGCGAUACAUUCCAGAGCUCGACCCAAGUCAUACGAAAGCUCAGACGCUAAGAGUACGCAUGUCGAAAAGAUCCAUUAUGUUGAGUAUCCAGUUCAUACUAGCGAUCACUGUUGCCAUAUUCAAUAUCACCUUCUUUGUAUAUGUGCUCAAAACUUACCCUACCGAUGAGCGAGAUAUCGGCACAUUUAUGCUUGGUAACUGCUCUAGGGCGGAUUGGACGAACAGCGCCGUACAUGCUGCCAUCAACAUACUCUCGACCCUCUUGCUUGGAGCGGGUAAUUACUGCAUGCAACUUCUAAGUUCCCCCUCACGCGAGGAGGUUGACAGAGCGCACCAUCAGGGCCAAACAAUGGACAUUGGGUUGCCUAGCAUCUGGAAUUUGAAGAACGCGGAGCGAAAGCGAGUCAUUGCUUGGAUCUUACUAGGUGUCUUAGCAACACUCUUGCAUCUCGUUUGGAACUCGGUCGUGUUUUCUUCCAUCCCAAUUGUAGCAUAUCCCCGGGCAACUGUCACCAGUGAUUUCAAACAGUUCGGCGAUAUAUGGGCGGAGUCUUAUCCGCACCCAACCAAUUCCCACGACUUUAGCUCUAUUUGGCCUCUCCAAGAAUCUGCGGCUAACUUCACGCGGUUGAAUACUUCAUCGUGCAUCGAGCAAUAUAUCAACUCUCGAGAAGCAACGAGCAGCCUCAUAGUAGUAACCUCUAAUUCUUCGGCAGCUGAGAACGAGGGAUCAUCGCUCCUCGACAGUUGGCUCGCGAGCAGCUACAAUGACAAUUGGAGACUCUCAUCUAGGUGGAUAUGCUGUGCAUAUCUGAACGAAUCGGACUGGACGAGAGAUUGUUCUCUGGAUUGGGCCAAAACCUUCAGCGAUGACUGGCAGGUUUGCUCGUUCGGAAACGUCGCACCUCUCUUUCAGGUGAGCCACUGCCUGGUCGGACAGUCGGGAAAUAAUGAAGAAAGAUGUGGCGUCCAUUACAGUGCGCCUCUGUUGCUCUUCGUAUGCAUAGCUACAAUCUUGGAAGUGGUGGCGGUCGGGUGGGCUGGACUCCAACUUCGUUCUAGAGCCUCACGCGGUUACCAAGCCCCCAUGGUAACAAUCGGCGAUGCCAUCGCUAGUAAUUUAGAGACACCAGACUCUAUGCUGCCCAGGAACAGAACACACCCCAUGAACCAGCGAUCUCGACACCGUCAUGAUAUUGAUUCAAAACCAAUUUUGUGGCCACGUAAAUCUCGCUUGUCAUGGUUUGUAGCGGUGGACAGUCGGACAUGGAAUAUCUCGCUCUGUGUCUUCGUUUUCGCCCUUGGAGUACCGUCUAUUCUACUUGCGAUCGCUAUACGAUAUUUGAUUAGCGCCGAUGUUGACGUGAGCCCGACAGGUUUAUGGCAGCAGGGCUUUGGGGUUCAACAAUUGCUACUCCUUGAUCUGGUCGGGAGACACGGCCGUGAACAAGGUUCUAUACUCAUUGGAAACGUUCUCUUCGCGAACAUCUGGCAGGUCCUCGUCAGCUUCGCUUACAUCUUUUACAAUGCAAUCUUGACGAAACAGGUUCUUGCCAAUGAGCUGCUGGGCUACUUGCGGACAGACACGAAAGGUCACGAUAUACACAAGAAGACGCUGCGUGUGUCGACACCCAUUGGCUGUCAGCGAUCCAAUUAUACAUUAUCAAUUCCCUUCAAGUACUCCGUGCCUAUGAUAAUUGCCUUCACUCUCCUUCACUGGCUGGUUUCUCGGAGUGUUUUUGUCAUUCAUUCAAUCGGCUUCAGUCCUGGCGCGGAAAACAUUCGGGUUUCUGAGCAUGACUCUUCCCUCGUCGGAUAUUCCGCCUUUGGCAUCGUAUCCACGCUAACCAUAGGGGGCCUGAUCAUUUUGGCACUUUUUGUCAACUCCGCCAUCAGGAGAUACCCAAACGCGCCACGCGACCUUCCUCUCAUGGCGGGGAACAGCGCGGCUAUUCGUGCUCUUUGUCAAAGACCAGAUGACGACGAGGACGCCCAUCUCUUCCCCGUAAGCUUGGGCAUCUACGCAGAUGAAAAAACGGGAGCGAUAGACGCUGACGGCAAGCUCAUUUUCUCUACUUUCAUUCAUCUUGCAGCUCCACAGCCGGAAAUGAGCUAUGUUCAGCCGUUCAUCGUUCAUCCAAAUCGCACAGCAAGGAAAUACGGAAGACUUGGAGAAAUCUUUAGGAGGGGCGGCAAGUGACUGUUCUAUGCAUACGGGACCCUGCAUUGGGAACGCGUCACGAAAUUCAAUUACGUUAAAAUCUAUUCAUUGUGAGAAAAUCCAGAAUUCCUCUUUUAUACAAGAUGAUAUAGGGGCUUAUGCAGCUCAUAAAAGUGAUUAUAUAUACGUGCUUAAUUUACCACCUUUAACCUUACUCUCUAGACAAAGCACGGGCCGAUAUAUAGCUGCCUAUCUUAUAACCAUUGGAUUACUAUAUAUACACAGCGUAUAUGUACAUACACAUAUUCAAGUGGAUUCAUAAAGGCUUUAGGUAUCUAUUUAGCAUGUUUCCCUGGAAUUACCGUAGUGUAGUGACCUAUGCAGGUCUCCGGCAUCUUUUCCUCCUCGUGUUACAUAGCGGUUGGGCUAAUUAGCUGACCAAAUCCAUCCCAAGUAGGUGAAGAGCCGUUACAGUCAUGGAGGACAGUCGUGUAGGGUCUGUUAUGUAGUCAUGUCAUGGAGGUAUGUCCCGGAGUGAGUAGAAGGUCAGUCACAGUCAAGUAGGUAGGUAGAAGGGAUAGUAUAGGCGUCAAUAUUCAUUGAAUCCAGAACCCUCCAACC